UGUACUAAGUYCAUAUUAACCAUAACAUAUUUUUUUUUAGGAAUAAUUUGUACAACAAUUAUACCAGAUAUUAAUCCAACACYUCCACUAGAAUUUCCAUCAGAUGGAUUACAUGUAAGGAUUGUAGAAGCAGCUGAACCUUAUAAUUUAACUAAGCCACCAAUGUUUCAUUUUGGAGAUGAAACAAUAACAGAUGAACCAAUUAACAAACUUCAAGAAGCAAUAAAAAAAAAACUUAAUGAGGGAGUGUCAAAACCGUCUUCACAACCUUUCAAUGUCAUCGCCAAGAUAUCAGAAAAUUAUACUGAAAAUUAUAUUGAAAAUAAAUAUUACAACAAUCACAUUGAUAGCUGGACAUCAAUUACAUUAAGUUUAAUUGUACUUUUAGUAAUAGCAGUCAUAGUGCUAGCAUGUUCAGCAAUAUGUUUGAAAAAAGUGCAAAACUUGAAGUUAUCAAAGAGAGAACUGCUGAUAGAAGAUUGUGAUGAUUCUGUAAUGAAAGAUUUGAUACACAUUCAGCGUGUAUAAAUUACUUACCAUCAAUAAAGAAAUAUAUAUCAAUAAA